GUCACAGUUCUUUCACUGAUUUCAUCAUGAUCCGGUCGCUUAUCGUCGUCCUCAGUUGUUGCCUGAUCUUGGCCUUGGGAGUCUCCGUGGAGGAGGUCACCGAAGAGUUUGUGGGAGGCACCACUCCACCGAUCAUUGAUUCUGGUUUCCCUGCUAGCUAUGAUGAGCUGCCUGAGCUCUCUUCCCAGGACCAGGAUGUCCUUACGGCCAACAAGAUCAACUGGCUCCCGGUAUAUGAAGAGUCGGAUAACUUGAGACUGCUCCGGGAAGAAGAACUGGGCCAGGCUACCACUCUCCUUCCUGAAACCUCUCCAGAAAAUCCAUUAUUGGUCAAGGAAAACAAAAACUGCCCAACUGAUGGUCAUCGUGGACUGACCAACCUCAUCCGCGUGGCUCGUCCACUUCUGCCCGCCUCCCGUCUGGCUAACAUCCUUGCCAACGCUGCCGAGGAUCCCCAGGUGCGAAACCUGAUUAAAUUGCUGCGCAGCGAUCGUUUCAAGGAGCAGGUGUCACGCCUAAGGUCCUCCAAGCAGCACCAGAUCCUGCUGGCCUUUAUCUGCCAAAAGCUCCAGCUGGAUCCCACCGUUUACAUCCAGUUUGUGAGGGUCUUCCUGAAUGUCCAUACAUCUGAGCCGCCAACCAGUCCGCUUCCCAACCGUCGCCAGGGAAUUCGAGGCCUGUUCCAGGAUCUUCGGGAUGCCCUGCCCCGCGCCGCCUUGAGGGAUAUGUACCUCCGUCUCUAUGCUUCAGACUCGCAGUUGGCCAACUCGGUGCGUCUCAUCCGUGGUGUUGAGUUCCGGCGACUGUUGCGGAAUCUGCGAGGCUUGAAGGAGUACCAAUUGAUUGUCGAGGAGCUGGAGAAAUCGGGAGUGUCCGUUCGGCAGGUUCAUAUGUUGGUGUCCAAUGCCUUGGGCUGGAGUUCCGUUGACUUUGGAUCUGAGACCUCGAUUGUGGAUGUCUAAAGACGAGUGGAAGAAUGGAAGAUUUACUUUUAGAGGAACGAGAAAAAUCUUAAACUAUUAUCAGUAUUUUAUGAACUUUGACACUAAUUCUUUUCGAAUACUGUAUCUAUUUUCGUAGAGACUUACCCUUUUAACACUUUCGUGCUUUAUUCGACCUGUCAUCCCCAUCAAAAAUGUGUACAAUUGAUGAGGUGCAGGAACUCAUUUUUUCUCAACGCCUCAAAAUUAUAACACCCUAAAAAUAUAUAUUAAAAAAUGUAAUAAUAUCUCCAGAGCCCCAAUCCCAAA